AUGGUUGUCGCUACCAUCAAGUGUGUCGUGGUGGGGGACGGUGCAGUAGGAAAGACCUGCUUGCUCAUCUCGUACACAACCAACAAAUUCCCCUCGGAAUAUGUGCCCACCGUCUUCGAUAACUACGCCGUGACGGUCAUGAUCGGCGAUGAACCCUAUACCCUUGGUCUUUUCGAUACCGCUGGACAGGAGGAUUAUGAUCGUUUGCGCCCGCUCUCGUACCCUCAGACUGACGUGUUCCUGGUCUGUUUCUCCGUCACGUCGCCCGCUUCUUUCGAGAACGUUCGUGAGAAAUGGUUCCCCGAAGUCCAUCACCACUGCCCCGGUGUCCCCUGCCUCAUCGUCGGCACCCAGACCGAUUUGCGCGAUGACUCCGGUGUCCGUGAGAAGCUUGCCCGACAGAAGAUGCAGCCGAUCCGCAAGGAGGAUGGUGACCGGAUGGCCAAGGAGCUGGGUGCUGUCAAAUACGUCGAGUGCUCGGCUCUGACGCAGUACAAGCUAAAGGAUGUCUUCGACGAGGCAAUCGUGGCCGCGCUGGAGCCGGCGCCCAAGAAGAAGUCAAGAGGCCCCUGUCGCUUGCUGUGA